CCCCAUUCGAACUCCCCAAGAUAAGAGAGAAGGAGAGAGCCACAUAACCAAGAUAAGCCAAAGAGAGAGCAAGCUGUCCGCAGGUUCGUUCUUCAGUGCGUAGCUCUGAUUGUUUGAGCCAUAACUCGAGAUUCACUCGUCCAAUUAAGGCGUAUAAGAUACCAAAAGAAAGCUCUCAAGACGAGGAAUCCGUGGAUGUCUGGUUUGCAUCAAUCGGAGUAGUGUAAGGCUUCCAAAUCGUCCGAGAAAAACACAACCUCGCAGAAUACGUUUUUGUAUUCAAAGUUAGGGAACGAAUUCGUCGGGAAACACCCGUUCUAGGGACUGUUUUUGCGUCUUCGGUUAGGAGUUGAACUAGCACUUUGAGGGGGCUGUUUAACACUCAAUUCCAAGCAAGGAAUCAGUUCUAAAACCUUCUUGGCCGAGGCUUUGGUCGUUGGAGCGAGAAGGAAGGUUUUAAAGCUCAUUUGAGGUUGAGGCUUGAGCUUGUUACUUGUGCCCGUUGUUCGGGUGAUCCUUUGGAGAGAAGACGUGGUUCGUGCUUUCUCCAUUCUGUUUUGAACAAUAAUAAACAUGCUCAUGGAUAUUUUACUAUAGAGCCUGCGUGCUCAUGAAUAGCCCUGUGUGGCCCUUUUGUUUUAAACAAUGUUUUCCGCUGCGUUAUGAAUUACUUAUUAUGUUUGUUUAUGGAUGUUAUGUGUGUGAAUGAUAUUCAAGACGCCUUGUAUAAUAUGAAUGUGUUGGACUGCGGUUGACUAUUCGUAUUGUACGGCGGGUUGUUGACGUGUCCGGGGAGGUCCGGGGCGUGACAAAUGCUUUACAAAAAAAAAUCGUAAGAAUGUCAUAGUAAGAGAUAUGGUUGUCCCCCCCUCCAACAACAUGUUCCCAAACUUGUUAACUGGCAAAGAAAAGGGGUGCUAAAUGUGGCUAAGCAGAUAUCUGGAUUUGAAAUUGCUAUGCUGAAGCGGCACACUUAAAUCUAACACAUUAUGCUUCAAUGGUUGAAAAGGAAUUCAUUAAGACAAUUGAUGAGUUGUGCACCUAUGACUUCCGGAACCGUAGGAAUGGAGAGAAGGCACACAUUUGCCUUCAACAAUGCAUGUUGGAUGAAGUUUUAUGGCCUCGUCAAGAAGGAGAUAGGUACCCGUCGUAUGGUGAGUUUGUUCCCAUGUGCGGAUAUUUUAGACUGCCACCCCAUGAGUAUUUUUUACUCAGAGCCAUUGCACAUCAAAUGGUUUUAGUAAGAGUGCAUGUGGGUAAAGACUUCCGCGCUUAUCAAGGAGGUAUUUUUUAGAGGAGAACGUAAUCGAGAAGAAAGACAAAAAUUAAACCUUGCAUGAACGCAAUUGGAUACGAUUACGAAAAGGUUUAUAUAACCCUUCAAAACUCUUGGGGAAAAUCAUGGGGUGACAAUGGAUGCACCAGAUUUGCUAUAGGGACUGACAACAUAAGCGGGGUCAAUGGAGUAUACAAGGAGUGUUAUAUCCCCUAUUUACACAAUCAAAGGACUCGCUUUAAUAAGCUAUUGGUAUGUAAAUUAAUUGAUAUAUUUGUUCAUUAAUAGAUUUGAAGUCCACAAUACGUAGUUCUUUUUUCAUUAAUUAUUGUUUUAUAUUAACAUAUACCCAUAUUCAUUAAUUAGUGGAUAUUGGAUCAUAUGCUCCAAAAACUUUGAAGCCACCAUUAACAGUCCCUAUACCCCUGAGGAGAUUAAGGAGUACGUUGUUAUUUGAUUAAAUUUUUAAUAUGAUUAAGUUUGUUGUAUAAUAACUUUGAAAUGUAUUUAUUUUCUAUAUUUCUUUUUCGAUACGCGAGGGUAAGCUGGUUGUGAAUGGAAAUCAUCUGAGACAUUUAGUAAUUUUCUAUGGUGUAUAUUGGAUUCAACAAAUGUUUGGAUUCUUUUUUCUGAUAUGGGUUGUGCGGCAUAUAACAAAUGUUGUGUAAAUACAAGCCAAAACUGAUUUAGAUUUUUACUUUUUCGGCGUGUCGUUUGUAUGAUGUUUUCAGUGACUCUUUGUUUUUGUUUUCUCUAACUUAUUUCGAAAAAGGAAGAAUGAAGAUUAUGUGGCUAUUGUAUUUGGUGAAGAUUCUUGUGAACAACCAAAGAUUGAUGAACUAAGUUGUAUGUUCAAAUAUGAGGGCCCCGCUUGGAGAUGUUGUAUCUGUGCACCAGUGUCCUGAUGUUAAAUAUGAGAAGCGCAUGCACAAAUUUCCUAUGAAUGAUACAAUUGAAGGGGUCAAUGGAGAUAUCUUUGAAUCCUAUUUGAAACGUAUGUUUUCUACUAAAUGAGCUAAUUUACGUAUGACUCUAUGGUUUGUUCAACUGUUCAAGUGAAUUAAAUUCCUAGGAUGGUGGAUUUGUUUCAUAUGCUUAACUGAUACCAAGUAGUUUAUUUACUGAUUACCUUUCCACACUUGAUACUUUUAGUUAUAAUUAUGAAGAUAGAAAACCAAAAGCAUCUCUUAUUCCCUUGGUGUAUAAUAGAAGACUCUGAGCUCAGGCUUUGUUUUCUGAUUGAUCUUAUGUUCUUCAAAUAGCAAAGCUGUCUCAUCUAGUUGAAUAUUUGAUCGUCCAUCUUCAAACUGAGCAAUUCUCAACUUAGUAAGCUAUGAAGAUUCGGUUACAUAAAGUGAUCAUCCAAGCUUCAUUGUUUUUCUCUUCGAACUGUGUGGCUGAAAUUACUGAUUUUUCAUCUUCUAUCCUAGUGAAAUCACGAUGAUUACAUUUGUGCAACUUACUGUUUGGAGGCAUAUCGACCUGUGAGGAUAGGAGACCAUUUCCCCGAUAGAGAAGGGAUAGAGAAAUAAUGUGUUGUUUCUCCAGACACUAAAAUCUUAUGUGAGGGUGAGCCAGUGAGGCGGGAGGAUGGGAAUAGGCUAUGAUGAUGUUGGUGGUGCGAGAAAAAAAUGGCUCAAAUUCGUGAUUUUGUUGAGUUGCCGUUGAGGCAUCAUCAACUUUUCAAAUUCAUUGGGGGUGAAGCCACCUAAGGGCAUUUUGCUAAUGAAGCUGGUGCAAUCUUCUUCUGCAUCAAUGGUCCAGAAAUCAUGUGCCAAUGUGCUGGAGCAAGUGAAAGAAAUCUUAGUAAGGCACUUGAAGAGGCUAAAAAGAAUGCUCCCUCCAUCGUAUUUAUUGAUGAGAUCGACUCGAUUGCCCCAAAACGGGAGAAAACGCACGGUGAAGUUGAGAGAAGAAUCGUCUCGCAACUCUUAACUUUGAUGGAUGGACUGAAAUCACUUGCUCAUGAUGUUACAGUUCUUCAGGUUCAUACUAAGAACAUGAAGUUGGCAGAAGAUGUUGAUCCGGAGAAUAUUGUGGAAGACGCUCAUGGCUACGUUGGUGCUGAUCUUGGUGCUCUUUGCACUGGAGCUGCACUUCAGUGCAUUGGAGAAAAGACGGACAUCAUUGAACUGGAGGAUGAAAGCAUUAAUGCUGAGGUUUUGAAUCAUAUGGCUGUUUUGAAUGAACACUUCCAAACUGCCCCUGGAACAAGCAAAGUCUCUGCUUCACGUGAGACUGUAAGUAUUUUUCUUUGGUAACAUUUAAAGGCUGUUUUGGAUAACUUUAUGGUAUAUGUGCUUUCUCAUUCAAGCACUUAAAUGGUUUUCUUAAAGCAACAAUCUGAUGCUUUCUUCAAUAAGCACUAAAAGUGGGUUUGUUCUUCUAUAAAAAGUGCUUCUCUUUGAAGUAGUGUUUUUCCAAUAAAAGCAUUUAUGCCUUGAAGUUAGUAUUACAAAUGAACUUUGAUAUUGUGAUGACAUGAUAUAGUUUUAAGAACACAAUGUUACUGCUUUUAUACUUCAAUGUACCUUCAGGUUGUGGAAGUGCCCAAUGUCAGUUGGGACAAUAUUGUAGGCCUUGGAAAUGUUAAGAAAGAGCUUCAGUAAUGAUCUAAAAUAUACUGCUUUUAUUUUGUUAAUGGCCUUAUCUAAAAUAUUUUUAGUGUACGGUCUAAUUCUUUUUACUAUCAUGCACGUAGACUGUUCAAAAUCUUGUGGAACACCCCGAGAACAUAGCAAGUAAGUGUCAAGCUAAUUUCAUUAGUGGAACAUUCUAUCUGUUCAGUAGAUGGCUGCAUUAUGAACAAACAAUAUAUUUUAAAAUUUACUGGACUAUUUAUUACAACAGAGAGAUAAAGAUAUAUGGAAAAGACUUAAACAUUAUCCUUCAACCGAUUUAGCACAUGAAACAUCUUUAAUACGCAAUAUAACACAUCAAUCGAGUUUUUUGUGUCGUUGCAAGAUAUACAGAGGGAGAGGAGGAAGGGGGAAUUCGGACUCCGUGGAUGAUGAAUUGGUAGAGAUAAAGUCUGAACAUUUUGAGGAGUCAAAAUGAUUUGGGCUGAGCUCCGGUUCAUGAAGUCUAGAGGAUUUUGACUAGAUCCGACCUGUUUGCAAAUACUGCUUCCUGCACACGACGAAGAGGACCUGUAUAGUUGAAUAUAUCAAUGGUUCUCUCUUAUCCAAAUUUAGUAUAUGAAGAGGACCCGUUACUCUAGAAAUUUAGAAUUCAAUAGUAUUUAGGACUACGUUACAAAUAUAUAAAUGGUUCUCUCAAGUGCUCAACAUUAUUAAUUCUAAGUCAUUAGUAUUACAUAUUAUAUGUAAAUUCUACUACGUUAAUUUAAGACAAAUAUGUUGGUAUUCUACCUAAUUUCAAUAUGGUAACUCUUCGGC